ACGUCACGUCAAUCCACAAUUACCAAUACUUCUCGAUCCCGAUAUUCUCAAUUUACGGCAUUGCAUCUGUGUGAAGGAGUUGAUAGAAUCUGAGGGACUUUGCAGUGCAGAUUGUCAGCCUGAACAAAUUUUCAAGAUGGCUCCUAGCAGAGCUGCAGAUUCUUAUCCUCCAAAUUUGCAACCAUCCGAAGCUGAGCAGCUGGUCACUACUAUAAAGGACUGGUCAAUAGCCCAUGGAUUGGCAGUAAGACCGCCGCCAGCUGUCAUUCCGGCAGAGGCAGACCCUCACGGAAUUUUGGCGACAACUGUCCCUGUUACUCUGUUUCCCAGUCCAUUUCCUCGAAUAUGUUUCGAGCAAGCCAAGUCCAUUCAAAAGGCCUACAAUAACCUCUAUGCAUCCAUUGCUCAAGAUGAGGAGUUUUUAAAGGAAAUAGUCCAACAGUAAGUUGUCCUUCAACUCCGUUACGUCACAAAUGGCCAUGAUCCGAUUGAGUUUCUUGACAGAUCGAUCGGUUAACCGAAUGUCUCAGGAUCAUUGCAGUGGACGAUUUUAUCGCUGAGCUAUGGCAAGUACAUCUGAAAGUUAGAGAAGAGGGUUAUGUUCAGAAUCUCUCUCUCGGCCUCUUCCGGUCUGAUUAUAUGGUUCACCAAAGCACAGCCGAGGAGACGCCGACAAUCAAACAAGUUGAAUUCAACACCAUCGCUUCCUCUUUCGGUGGACUCUCUUCCCAAACAUCAAAACUUCAUAAGUACCUUGCUGUCAGUGACUAUCCUCUGAUAGAGAAGCCUCUUCAAACGACAGAGUUGGACCUCCCAAAGAAUGAGAGCACCAAAUCUCUAGCGUUUGGUCUCCGUUCUGCUUAUGACGCUUAUACCAAAUCCGAGACAAUUUAUCCAUCCUGCAUUAUUUUCGUUGUUCAAGAUCCCGAGCGCAACAUCUUCGAUCAGCGCCAUCUUGAGUACGAACUGCAGCAGCACGAAUCACCAAUACCCGUGUUCCGGCUCCCCUUUGGAGAGACCCUCUCUCGGACAUCUAUUGCAGAGACACCGAAACGACAACUUUUGUAUCACUUGCCAAGCAAUCCAUCGAAGGUAUUCGAGGUUGCAGUGGUUUACUUCCGCGCCGGAUAUGGACCAGGAGACUACCCAGAUGCAUCUGCGUGGAAAGCCCGUCUGCAAAUCGAGCGCUCCAAUGCGAUCAAGUGCCCAACGAUCCUCACUCAGCUCGCAGGUGCAAAGAAAGUCCAACAAGUCCUCGCAACACCUACCUCAUCCUCCACACCAUCAAUCCUCGCCCGCUUUAUGAAAGCCGACGAAUCUUCCAUCCAGGGCCUCGAAAACACAUUUACGAACAUCUUCCCACUCGACGAAACACCUGCCGGUCUUGAAGCUCGCAAACUCGCCAUUGAUCCGGAAAAAUGCAAAGGUUACGUCCUCAAGCCACAGCGUGAGGGAGGAGGAAAUAACAUCUACCGCACCGCCAUCCCACCAUUCCUCAAGUCUCUCCCAGAAACACACUGGAAGUCUUUCAUCCUCAUGGAGAUCAUCAUUCCGCCCCCAGUUCACAACAUCAUACUUCGCAACGGCGCGCUAGAGCAAGGUGGCGUCAUUUGCGAGCUAGGGGUGUAUGGUACUUGUCUCUGGAAUCAAGUUACAAAGGAAGUCCUGCACAAUGAGGAAGCGGGAUAUCUACUACGAACCAAGGGCGAUAAGAGCGAAGAGGGCGGAGUCGCAGCUGGAUUCGGAAGUAUGGAUAGUUGUCGCUUGGUUUGAGUGUGGACUAUUGCGAUUUGAGGAUGCCUUCAUUUAUUGGCCGAACGCUUUGGUAGCCGAUGACUUGUGCCCGAUCGCGUAUGGUACCCCCCAAAAGUGGCCAUUUUAUGUGGUAGUUAGCCACAAUCAUUGCGAGUAUUUCAGCUGCCACAAACUCUGAAUCCUUCCUGCCUAUUAAUCAGUGCUGCUGACCUUCCUACGUUGUCUCUUUUGGAUAGAUUCCGCUCCCAGAAAUAUAUUUCAUGUUUGUCAUAUAUGCGCUAUUUAUUUUCUAAGUGCUGCUAUCUAUUUACAAUUUCCUUGAUUGCGCUGUUAUUUAUUUGCUGUUUGUAAUAUCAGUUAUGUCUUCACAUCUUUCUACUUCAAAAGCUCAGUAGCUGCGAUCCUAGCCCCAGGCUGCCGCUGCCCGCGCCGCGCGCUCCCAUGAAUGCUUCGAGAUUUUCAAGCGUAGGGUUCUGCUGAACUUUGAUGACACGAUACAAGGUCCUUUGGGCAUAGGUAGCUCUUUCCUCUCGGGAUACUAGCCUAGCUCUAUUAUUCUCGCAAGGUCUGCACAUUCACAUUCGCGAGUAGACUUCCACGAGUCUCUGCUGCUAUUAGAUGAAGCCUACGACUAGUGUAGGACCACUUCCCAAUUGUGCUGUUCCAAAACUAAGCAGCAUGUCAGUAAGUCGAUCGCUGCUUGUCGAAUCUUUUGCAUAUCGUACUACCUCCCAGAUAUUUCCGUGUUGCUGUGGGGAAAUGGCAGAACGCAACAAGGUCAGCAGCGAGCUACGCUUUCCUGUCGCCCAAAAUGUGCCGUCUAUCCCUCCCAAUGAGUCGCGUCGCACGGUGACCUGUGCCAUAUUCUUACACAUACAAAGAAGCGAAAUUUGCACCUCGACGGCUUAGCAGCACUAGAUG